CAACCUCAGUACCCUCCUUCCCCCAUACCUCACACAACUCACCAUAUCAGGCCUCAGCUCUUGCUGUCUUGAACUUCUCUAGUUUUCUUGCCUUUCUUUUUACAGGCUUACGCACACGUUAACGAGAUACAAGCAUGACUCCUUCCUGUGCCAUGCUUGUGUUGACUUUGGUGCUUGCUUUGAUAUCAUGUUCAGUAGCUCAAAGUCCGUCAGCAUCACCAACAAUGCCACCAAGUUCAAGCACCACACCGUCCACUGGCGGUACUCCUCCUACAGCAUCCACUCCACCACCCACCACUAUGACACCUCCCCCAGCUGUGACUCCAACUUCCUCACCCCCACCGACAAUGUCCAGCCCUCCUUCCAUAAGCCCAACAACCCCAAUGGCUCCUAGCCCUUCAUCAACUCCACUGGCCCCAAGCCCAUCAUCUGCCCCAAUGGCACCAACCCCAUCAAUAAGUUCACCACCUUCACCAACGGCUGCUUCGCCAUCUAUAGCUAAUCCUCCUGGAUCUGCUGAAGCUGGUGGACCUGGUCCCUCCACUGACGGGGGGCCAGAGCCAGCUACGCCUCCUGUUAUGUCAUCACCAAGUUUUGCUGCUCGUACAUGUGAAUACAGCAUGUUCUUAUUGGCAUUACUUGGAGGAGUUGCACUCUUCGUUUAGGACACAGUUUUUUAAACAUUUUUAAUCUUUUUUUUUUUGUUUACUUUAUGUAGAUUAAACUAUUUAUUUGUGUAUUCUUUUUCUUGUUCCAUUUUCUCUCUCUUCUGGUUGAUUCUUGGAGCUGAAUUUGUGAUUUGUCAUUUUAGGAGAUUUUCAUUGAAUGUUACUGCUCUUUUGUAGCAUUUUUACUUAGCUGAAUAAAGAGAGACUUUGUGAUUCUUGUUUGUAUCAAUAAUUAAUGUUAAUCAUUUCCAUUUCUUUCUCACUUUAUUUACUUAUUUACUGCCUUGAGGACUAAGGAGAGAGUGUAGUAUAAGGUGGGCAUUUUAGAAUAAGUACAUUAUGAAAGAAAAAAAAAUGAAUGUUUUCCAUGCUGAUUUUUGCUAAACAAAAUGGAGAAAUUAAGAUUAAAAAAGAAAGAGAAAAAAGCUGGAUAAUUUUAAGGCCAUUCUUUAUCACCAGAUUUCAAUCAAGUUAUAUUCAUCAUUUAAGAACAUGGGACAAGGAGAGUUUUCUUUUUUCUUUUUUACUGUUCCUUGUUAUGAUAAUAACAUACACACGCAACAAAAAGGUUAGAUUAGAAUUAGAGGGUGAGAUUUGAACUUGGAUCAUCCUAUGGGAAAUGUUUGAUUCCAACUAAAAAAUGUGUUGUAACACAAACUUCAAAUAGUAAUUCUAAUUAUUAUGGAUUUAAUU